AUGGCUAUUUAUGACAGUCAGCUUACAGUGGUUGCACUAUAUCUGCUAAUUAUUAUUGCAAUAUAUUCAGCAAAGUUUAUUACACCAUUGAACGAGUUGUUACAGUAUGGGAAAACUGUAUCUCAAGAUGUAAGGGAACAUGCUCGGUUAGAGAACAAUCUUAUCAAACAAACAAUUGGGUUUAUAUCCAAAUAUUUUGUGGUUCCCAAGGCAUGGUUUGUUCAUUUUUAUAUCACUUUGUUUGCUUUAUCUUCUUUGAUUUUUUUGGCGUCAUUCAAUGAACCAAUAUCGUCCGAUCCUGAAAAAUUCAAAAACUUGAUUUUGAUUCAUCGAUUACUAUGGGUCCAAGGAAUAAGAAGGUUAACUGAAUGUCUCACUAUUACCAAUUUUUCCAAAACCUCAAAGAUGAACGUGAGCCAUUAUGUAGUAGGACUAAGUCAUUAUAUCUUAGUGACGUGGGCUACCUAUUUGGGGCUAAGUAAAUAUGGAUCACAUCAAGUCCCUAACAACUAUACUGUAUUUGAUAUUGUAUUAAUCAUAGGGUUUGCAAUUUGCUCUUUGCUACAAUUCCAAGCUCACUAUCACUUGUCAACCUUAGUGAAAUACACUUUGCCAGACUUCAAAUUUGUUUCAUCACCUCAUUAUUUCUACGAGAUAUUGAUUUACACGAUCUUGCUCAGUUUUGCAAUUAAAGAUGGUUUCGAUAUGGUUUCAGUAACAUUCUUCACUGCCUGGUUAUUUGUCAUAAGUAAUCUAAGCAUAAGCUCUCUUGAAACAUUUAGCUAUUACCAGAAAAAGUACAAAGAAGAAUUCAAGUUGAAGUGGGCUGUAUUGCCAGGUAUAUUGUAG